UUUAAGUUUUCAGGUUUUCUGUGACAAAAAUGUGGACAUGAUUGUAUAUUCGCUAUUACUACUAAUUCUGUAUGAUUUUCUUCCAAAAGUCGUUACUUUUGAUACUGUCUGCAUUGGACUAUGCCACUGUGUUGGCAAUGUUGUCGACUGCUCUUCACUCGAUUUAUCGGAAAUACCAACGACGAUACCUAAUAACACAAGAAUUUUACUACUCUCUGAUAAUGAAAUAGAAUCGAUUGAUAAAUCGCGACUAAAAGGAUUUUAUUUUUUGCAAACCUUAGAUAUUUCGAACAACAUUAUUCGACACAUCGAUUUCGAAUUUUUCUACAAUUUGCCAAACCUUAAGAUUUUAAACAUUCGAAAAAAUCGCUUAGCACGAAUACCUCGUGGCUCACACGAGCUUGGUCACUUGGAAAAACUGGAUUUACGGUCAAACCUAAUAUCUACAGUAACCUCAGAAGAGUUGAGUUACUUGGCUGCUGUUAGAUCUGUUGAUUUAUCCAGAAACCUGAUAUCAUACUUGCCCAAACCAACUACCUCCGCAAAAGUUAACAUUGAAAAACUAGAUCUCGCAUCAAACUCAAUCACAGACAUUGGCACUGAUCAUUUUUCCAGUUUUAACACACUAGUUACUUUAAAACUGGCCAGAAAUCAUAUCACAACAUUAAAUCAAUUUUCUUUUUCAAGGCUAAGAAAGUUGGAGUCUUUAGAUUUAACUCGAAAUAUGAUACGAGAAGUAAGGUUUUUGGCGUUUAAUCAAUUACCAUCACUUCAAAAUGUAAGUUUGGCAAGAAACGACGUGUAUCGUUUGGAUGAUGGGAUGUUCUAUGCUUGUGAAGGAUUGAAACAUCUAAAUCUAUCAACUAAUAGAGUUCAAGCGGUUACGGAAGGUUGGAUGUUUGGUUUAACGAGCUUGGAAGUUUUGGACCUGUCCUACAAUCAAAUUCAAUCUUUCCACAUCAGUUCGUGGAGCCAUACUCCAAAAUUGAAAUGGCUUUCAUUACAUUCUAACCGGAUUCAAUCCCUACCUUCUGGAUCAUUCCGAGUUUUGAGACAACUAGAAGAGCUCAUUCUCUCAGCAAACUCAAUUGAUAGUCUUCACAAAUUUGCAUUGGUGGGAAUGAGCAGUUUACAUAAACUAGAUCUAUCUUCAAAUACCCUGGCAGUUUGUGUUGAGGACGGAGCGGUUCUGUAUAACACAUCAAUGCCUUUUCUUCGUUCAUUAAGGUUUACGAAUAACCAACUUCGAGUGAUUCCAAAAAGAGCUUUUGAACGAUUUCCCGCAUUGGAAGAGUUAGAUCUGACUGAUAAUCCGAUAGCAACAAUUCAUCCGGAAGCAUUUGAACCGUUGGAACUGAAAAGAUUAGUAAUGAACUCCUCUUCGAUCCUUUGUGACUGUCAAAUAUCAUGGCUCGCAUCGUGGAUUUACCGUUUGAAACUCGACAAGUCUUCCAUUAUUGCUAAAUGUUCCUACCCACCUCCUCUUGCAGACUUGUAUGUUGUAGCAAUUGACACAGCAAACUUGACAUGUCACAAUGAUUCUCCCCGAGCAAAAAUUGUUAGACAGCCUGUAGAAGUAAGCACUUUGAUUGGAGAAAAAGCUCGGUUUACAUGCAAUGUCUAUGGAGCAAGUCCGUUGAGCAUUGAAUGGAGAGUUAUGGAAAAUGGUCAACCUAGAGUUUUGGUACAGGAUUCUGCAACUUUCCUGAGCAUAAAUAGAACAGCUGUUGUGAAUGGAACAUUUGAUGAAAGGGAACUUGCGGCCGCUGAGUUACUUUUGGACAAUGUAGCUAUGACCGAUAAUUCUGAAUAUCAAUGUGUGGCAAGGAAUCGAUUCGGAUCAGACUUUUCAACACAUGUCAAGUUGCAAGUCUACCAAGCGCCAAAAUUUACGUACACCCCAGAAGAUAUGCCACUUCUCGUUGGACAGACAGCAAAAUUUUUAUGUGCAGCCACAGGAACUCCAAGACCGGAAAUCAAAUGGGCAUUCGAACAAAUUCCGUUUCCAGCCGCAGAAGCCAGAAGGCUAUAUGUAACACCAAAUGACGAUCACAUUUAUAUAAUGAAUGUGACAAAAGAAGAUCAAGGAGCAUACACUUGUCAUGCAACUAAUGUUGCCGGGCAAACACAAGCGAGCGCAAAUUUGAUUGUUUUUGAAUUAAUCUACUGUUCUAAUUCUCUAAGUUUUACUUGUUUGUUUUCUCAAACUCAAGUUUUCAGAAAACUUCUUCCACUACCCCGAAAGCCCUGAUUUAAGCCCGAUGCUGAUUAAAAAAAGAGACGCAUUAAAAAUAGAUUGCUCUUGUGAUCUUAUUUCCAGUCGACAGAGAAUGGUGUGGAAACGGCAGCAACAAGUUAUACUUUUCUUAAAGAAAGCAAAGUUCUCAGACAAUGAUCAAAUUCUGACUCUAACCCAGACGACGUUCUCUGAUUCUGGAGAAUACUCGUGUGAAUUAUGGGUUGAUGAUACGAUACUGAUGAGAAAAAUUACAAUGGUGAAGGUGGUAAACGAAGAUGAAUUUGUUUCUUCGGAAGCCACCUUAACUCAACGUGUACAACGCAUCCGAGCAAUGGCCUCAAAAUUAGUAGAUAAUAUCAAAUCUACAGGGAAUGGAAUUUAUCUCAUGGCUUCUUGUAGUGCAUUUGGACUAAUGAUUCUGGGAGUUAUCACUUCAAUUUGCAUUUGCAUUGCAAAAUGUUCUUGCAAUCAGAAUCACGUCUUCAAUGUACUACCAGUUCAAGUAUAAUCCUUUGUAAUUAUUGAAUAUUUUUAAAGCUUGCAAACUUAUCUGUCAUUUAUUUAUCUUCACCGGUAAUUUUUUAUAUGUUUUGCGGGUAUAUUUUUCAAUUCGAAUGAAAGUAAAUACUUA